CAUGCCACGAAAAUAGAAUGCGAGUAGUGAGUAUUUUCACUGCUAAAGAUCUGCACCAAAUCCGAUUUAAAAAGACUUGCUUUGGUUGCUCCAAGAACCAAACAUGUUUCUUUAUAAUGGCAUCUACAUACACUGACAAACAAUCCUCUCCUCUCCUCCGCGUCCCUGCCGAAAUCCGUAUUAUAAUCUGGACCCACGUACUCGGUGGCGAAACCUUCUCCAUACACUGCUGGCGACGCUACACACCCUUCGGCUUCGCCUCACGCAUAAUCCAGAAGAAGCGGAACUUCCUCGCCCUACUAGCUACUAGCCGCCAGGUCUACUCCGAGACCAGAUUGCUGCCCUUCCAGUUCAACGCGUUCCGCUUCAAGCAUCAGUCAUCCUUCCUGUCGUUCCUCGCGCACUUUGCGACAGACCAGCAAAUGGCGAUCCGCAAUGUUGAGUUGGUGACGUGGAUGGCAAGGCAUAUGGUCGAUGGCGAGGGCUGGGUGCUGGGUAGAGUAGAAGAGUGCUUUCCUGUUACACGGUUUGGGGGGUUGAGAAGGGUGAAUGUGGAAGUUAGGAUGAAUGGAUGCGAAACGGAUUGCGUGAGAGGGGACUGUCUAGGGUGUGGGGGAAGUGAGGUUGGUGUUGGGGAGGAGGAGAGGAGGGUGAGAGAGUGGUUUGAGGGGAAAUGUGAACGCGUCGAGGUCGGUUUUGAACGUGUCAUGGCUUAGCAUAGCUCACUAUGUCAGCUAGAGAUGAGGCUGUUCGCGUUAUGAAGUAUCCAUUCUUGUAUCUACGAGAUACCAUAUCGAAUUCCGAAACUAGGUGGAGUCAAGAAAUUACCGUCGUCGACAGACCGCUGUUACCUGCAAAUUAUUAGAAACCAGUAAUAUAUGAGC